AUGCCUGGAACUGUCGCAGAAGGGCCCAGCGUUUCCCUAUCCUUCGCGAACAAUUUCUGGGGCAAGGAUGACGCUGGUGUUCAGCCACUGCUAGAGCGUAUGCAAAAUGGGAAAGCAACUUGCGAUGAAUUGAAGGCGUUCUACAACACUCGAGCUGCGAUAGAAGACGAUUAUGCCCGAAAGAUGACUGCGCUAUGUCGCAAACCGCUCGGUUCGUCAGAAGCCGGUACUCUACGAGCCUCCCUCGACGUCAUGCGCGGAGAAGUCGAAGCCAUGGGAAAAGCGCAUCAGGGGAUCGCAGGCCAAAUGAAAAGCGAGUUAGAAGAACCGUUGGCUGCGUUUGCCGGAGGAAUGAAAGAGCGGAGAAAGAUUGUACAGACUGGUAUCGAGAAACUUUUCAAGCAGAAGCAACAGCAGACUCAAGCGGUGAACAAGUCUCGAGACCGGUAUGAACAGGACUGUCUGAAGAUAAAAGGCUACUUAGCCCAAGGCCAUAUGGUAAUGGGGCAGGAAGAGCGCAAGAACAAAGCCAAGAUGGAGAAGACCCAGAUCCAAUUAGCUACCACAAGCAACGAGUAUGAAGCAGCCGUUAAAAUACUUGAAGAAACGACAGGACGAUGGAAUAGAGACUGGAAGGCUGCAUGUGAUAAAUUUCAAGAUCUUGAGGAGGAGAGACUUGACUUUAUGAAGAGCAGUUUGUGGACUUUUGCAAACGUGGCCUCGACUGUUUGUGUUAGCGAUGACGCUUCGUGCGAGAAGAUACGGCUUUCACUUGAAGGGUGCGAAGUCGAAAAGGACAUCUCUGGUUUCAUUCAGGAGAAAGGGACUGGGCAAGAGAUUCCCGAUCCUCCAAAGUAUAUCAACUUCUGUCGUGGCGAUGUCAAUGACAAUGUUUCGGAAGCCUCAGAAGACGAUUAUUCAGUCGCUCAGUUCCAGAGGACCAUCAAUCCUGCUUUCCGCAGCUCUUCUCCUCAACCCUCAACGUUCGAAUCCCACCACGAUCCUCAGUCAGAUUUGGCUGCACGCAUGGGCCACCUUGAGACGAAUACACCUCCGAGUCGUGAGACGACCAUGACCCCACAGAAAGCCAUGCAACAGCUACCUCCAUUGAUCGACUAUCGAAGACAGGCCCAGACGCAGGCUCCUUAUCAGCACAAGGUAGAUGAAUUGCCCACUGUGCCCCACAACGAAUAUCCUACCGACGGAAUGACUAUGUUCUGUCGAACUGCACCACCUUCUGAGCGUAGCUCUGCUGCCAGCCCUGUAAGACCAUCAAGUCGAGACUCUCAGAGUGAGUACUCAAAUCCUACGUCCUUUUCGAGUCAGGAGCCUGUGAGCGGAAAGCAAUCGCCUAUCAAGCACGGCGAAGGUCAAAUGGUGCCUGCAAUGAGCCCGACGAAACAGAUCCAGAAGAAGAGAAGUGGUUUCUUCAGCAACAGCCCGUUCCGUAGAAAGAGCAAGCACGAGAAAGAGGCUCCAGCAAUAGCUACCCCUACUGCUCGGAACACUUGGGGUUCUUCGAAUAGCCGGCAUGAUGACUCUAGCCCAACUCGCCAGUACGGCCAUGCUCGAAACUCACAUGACCGUUACUCAGGAAGUCCCGAGCCCGUCGAUCCAAGAGCCAAUUUCCAGUUGAACGUUGGACCCAACGUCUUCGAUGUUGCUUCGCCUGAUUCCAACCGCAACAAGCCCGCUCCAAGGAACAUGCACUCUCCCGUCAAGGACUUAGACCCCAUCGCCGCUGCUCUCGCUGAACUUAAAGGUGUCAACAAAGAAUCCUCAGUCCGCAUGUCAGCAGACCGUUAUGCGGGCGUUGCUACCCCUGGACCUCCGAGCGCAUCCGGAAUGCAGAAUGGAGAUACUUCAGCUGCGCAACGAGGCACACCACCACCCUCUUACUCCGACCAAUCUGUCAGACGUCUUGAUGCUCCGCAACCGGCCUUCACCUCUGCGCAGAUGCAGUCGACCACUCGCAAAUAUGUUGGCCAGAAUCAAGAAAUGUACGGUUCUUCUCGCCCUGGUACCCGUGGUAGCGGGCCUGAGAUGCCUCGCGCGACAUCACCUCGUCCUAUGAGGAGCACUAGCCCAAGACCUGGAUACCAAGGGCAAGGUCAGCAGGGCAAUCCACGAGCUGCAAGCCCGAAUCCGUAUAACAAUGUCGGCCGCCCAAGGCAAAGCCCCAGCGCGAGCCCUACAAAGCCCCUCUAUUCUCAGCACAACUCACCGGACGACGUAGGCCGGGCACCCUCGCCACAACCACAGUACGCAAGACAAGAACGGCCAAAUAGCAGCGGCGGUAUGGCAAUGCAGCUUUCCAACGGAGAUGUCAGUAGCGGCGGUCAAAGAGGGCGAGGAAACGGAGGGCGACCAAUCAGCUAUUACGGCGGGCAGCCACAGCAGCCAGAUCACGGAGCUAGCAGAAUUAGGAGUAGGAGCACAGCGGACGGACGGAAGUACACUCAAGACGGAAGACCAAUUUUGCAUUUUGCAAGAGCAUUGUAUAUGUAUCGCGCCGCUAUAGCGGAGGAGCUGAGCUUCGCAAAGGGUGAUGUCUUAGCAGUUCUGAGACUGCAAGAUGAUGGAUGGUGGGAGGCGGAGGCGACAGGCAAGAAGAGCAGACCAGGGUUGGUGCCGAGCAAUUAUCUGCAACCUUGUUAG